UUGAAGUUGACGACGGGUCACAAAUUUGUAUGAUCUGUCACCGUUCUGACCAUGACCCAGUGACUCUUGUUAAUGCUCUCACCACUAACUCCACUCCAUAACGGAAUCAACUCUAGAAUAUCUCACUUAUCUUCUUCUCCUCUUCUAAACCAAUCAUUAUCAUUUUUCAUUUUCCUUAACUCGUUUCUUUCUCCCAAUCUUCACUUUUAUUGUUUAUUCCCUCAAAAUCACCCCCAAAUCACUCAACCCUAGGGUUUCUUACACUAACAUAAACUUGAUGAUUGAUAACCAAAAUCUAUUAGUAUCUUCAGAGAUGGAUCCUCGUUUCAAAUUCAACCAAAAUCCCAAUUCAAUGGAUGCUGAAGAUCACACCUUUGGCUUCAUAGACGAUCUUUUUCUUCUUCCAUCACCUGACCCAAACAACACUUCAAUCUCCACCAUAACUACCGCAGAAGAAGAUUCACCUUUAGAUGAUACCGAUUUCUCUGCUACUGUUCUGCGUUACAUAAACCAAAUGCUUAUGGAAGAAGACAUGGAGAAGAAACCAUGCAUGUUUCAUGAUCCAUUGGCUUUACAAGCUGCUGAGAAAUCUUUCUAUGAAGUCAUUGGUGAGACAUACCCUUGUUCUUCUGCUUCUGGUUCUGUUCAAAAUCAUCACAAUGUGGAGAGUCCUGAUUGUGGUACCACUACUAGUACUAGUGGUAGUAGUUCUGUUGAGUUUGAAUCGAAUUGGAGUAAUUUUGAUGUUUCUGAGUACAAGCCUUCGAUAUUGCAAACCAGUUUUCCUUCUGAUUUUGUUUUUCAAGCUAGUUCUGUGAAUGGGACUAGCAUUAGCAGUAGAAAUUUCGGUUUAGCUAAUAAUGGGUUUUUAGUAAAUUCUAAGGAUGGAUUUCCUGAUGAUAAAUUGCUGAGUAAGACUGAGUCUGUACUGCAAUUUGAGAGGGGUGUGGAGGAAGCGAAUAAGUUUCUUCCUAAAAUGAAUCCCUUGGUUAUUGACCUGGAGAAGAAGAACGCUUUUAUCCCUUCGUUUAGGAAGGUUCCUCAGGAGGUAGUAGUUAAGACGGAGAAUAAUGAAGGGGAAUAUUUUUCUGCUGAGGCGAGGGGGAGGAAGAAUCAUGAGCGAGGAGAUGAAAUGGAUUUACAAGAUGAGAGAAGUAAUAAGCAGUCGGCUGUUUAUACUGAUGACAGUGAGCUAGAGCUAUCAGAGUUGUUUGAUAAGGUUUUGCUGGGGACAGGGUGCGGGAAGGACGGAGGUCCUACGUGUAAUAGUAAGGAAGUGAAGGCUAAUGGACUAGACACGAGUUUGCAGCAGAAAGAAGAAGUGAACAAUUCUGGUGGUGGAAAGGGUCGUGGUAAGAAACAAGGUAACAAGAAAGGUGUUGUGGAUCUGAGAACAAUGUUGAUUCUGUGUGCGCAAUCUGUUUCUUCUGAUGAUCGUGUGACUGCUAAGGAGUUAUUAAAGCAGAUAAGGCAACACUCUUCUCUGCAUGGUGAUGGAUCUCAGAGGCUGGCUCAUUGCUUUGCGAAUGCCCUUGAGGCUCGUUUGUCUGGCACAGGCACUCAGAUUUAUACUGCUUUAUACUCCAAAAGAAACUCUUCUGCUGACAUGGUGAAAGCUUACCAAAUGUUUAUUUCAGCCUGUCCAUUCAAGAAACUUGCAAUCAUUUUUGCAAACCAUACAAUUUUGAAUCUAGCCAGGGAAGUAGAAACAGUUCACAUUGUGGAUUUUGGCAUCCGUUACGGCUUCCAAUGGCCUGCCCUUAUUUAUCGUCUAUCAAAACGGCCUGGUGGGCCUCCUAAGCUGCGCUUGACAGGGAUAGAGCUCCCUCAACCUGGCUUCAGGCCUGCAGAGAGAGUUCAGGAGACAGGGCUUCGCUUGGCAAGGUAUUGUGAACGUUUUAAUGUUCCAUUUGAGUUCAAUGCUAUUGCACAAAAAUGGGAAACCAUCAAAAUUGAGGAUUUGAAGAUACAGAAAAAUGAACUUCUUGUUGCGAACUGUAUAUGUCGUUUUAAAAAUUUACUUGAUGAGACCGUUGUGCUGAAUAGUCCCAGGGAUGCUGUUUUAAAAUUAAUUAGGAAUUCGAAACCCAAUAUCUUUAUACAUACAACUGUCAAUGGAAGCUAUAAUGCUCCAUUCUUCGUGACACGGUUCAAGGAGGCUCUUUUCCAUUACUCUACAAUGUUUGAUGUGCUUGACAUCAAUGUUGCUCGUGAAGAUCCUAUGAGGUUGAUGUAUGAGAAAGAGUUCUGUGGGCGGGAGGUAAUGAAUACUAUAGCUUGUGAAGGUUCUGAGAGGGUUGAGAGGCCAGAGACAUACAAGCAAUGGCAGGUUCGGAACAUAAGGGCUGGAUUUAGGCAACUGCCCUUGGAUAAACAACUCAUUAACAAGUUAAGAUGCAAGUUGAAAGAUGUGUACCAUAGUGAUUUCAUGCUUAUUGAAGAUGGGAACAGCAUGCUGCAAGGUUGGAAGGGCCGAAUAGUUUAUGCUUCCUCCUGUUGGGUACCUGCAUAGGUCUUGACAAUGAUCUUCUCAGGGAGUUUAGGAAAAGCAUUUCUUGUGUAUGUAGCAAGAAUCUAGCAAACAUAACUUUGACUUCUUAAUAGUUAUAUGGUUGACACAUUCUAGAACUGACACCUGCCAAUGGAAUGGUAUAGAGCUGGUCAGUUGUAGUACCAACAACAUUUUAAUUUGGUUAAGUGUGUUGUAUAUUAUUAACUAAUGCUAUGUGAAUGCUGUAUUUAGAUGCAUAUUGAACUUUUCCUGUGUUGGGUAGUCAUUCAUAUGCACCAUAAUCCUCCUUGGUGACAUGUAGGGUCAAAAUUGAGCUACCAUGAUAUAUUUUCUACUAAGUAUAUGUUUGGAUAGACGUUGCAACGGGUCGACACAUGUUGAAUAGGGUCAAACACGAGUUUUUUUUCUAAAUGGUGGUUAGGUGAUUGAAGUAAAAUCAGUUCCAGCAACCCAAAAUCGAUUUCAACUAAAAGCCAAUAUUCCUAUCUUUUUACUAUCAUUGCAGAUGGAUUCUUGUAAUUUAUUGUUGGGUGAGACAGUUAUUGUUGGGUAAACAGUUACACUUCUUCACUCUAUUCCUUUCCUUUUUUUGUUCACAGGAAGUGUCAUCCAUAACUUCUACCAAUUUUUGUGCUUCUUUAUUGUUGGCAUCCCUAUCUCAUGAAUUCACCAACUUUCUUUCCUUCUUUUUGCAAAAUCUUCCAUUUUGGUGAAUUAUAAUUAAAUAUCUGAUUAUACAUCACCAACUCUAUUACCAGCCUGAUAUGUAUUUGACACUUUCAAAAUUUUCAUUUUGUAACUAGUGGUAUGGAAAAGUUGCAGACAAUAACUUCUUUAGAGAUCAAGGUAAACUUGAAAACUUUUCUGUUUAUAUUUUCUGCAUCUGUGAUAGUAUGAAGUAAUUUCGUUUUGGUGUUUGAUACAGUGUCUGUUAGUUGGUUGUUAAUUUGAUUAGAAGGUUAUGUUUUAGAGAUGGUUGUUUUCAGAGUUUGAAUAAUGCCUCUUAGAUGUUUGGUAAAACGUCUCUUAGUUUUAUUGUUGGUUUGAAUAGAAAGCUUUGUUUGGGAGAGGACUUGUUUCCUCAGGAGAAUGGUAACCUAAGCCUUAAGGCACAAGUUAAGAGAAUAAAUGUAGAAAAUUUUGCAUUGACUAUUUUAAAAGUUUAGAAUUUGUUUUUUCUUCUCAAUAUAUAUUUUCUAUUUUAUAUGUGUUCUUCUUCAAGGUUAACAUGACUCUUCAAUAAAUUUGGUAAUGUUUGUCUUCUUCCUUAUAACACGGAUAACAUGACUCUUCAAUAAAUCCGAUUAACAUGACUCUUCAAUAAAUCCGAUAAUAUUUGAUAAAAAUGUUUUCGGGCAUUAUAGCUUUGAAGAUUGAAGAGUUUGGAGAUAACUUUGGUGAUAAAAUAUGUUCUUUAGUCGUUAAUAUGUUUCAUAUUACUUAAUUAUGCAUUGGUAAAUCCAAAAAAACUGAUACAAUGGCCAAACUGUACUUAAUCAAAUUGGAUGAAAUCAUAUAAAUCGAAACCUACUUUUGCUCAAGUUGUUAUUCCUAAAUAUGUAUUUUUCUUAAAAAAAUGGCUUAGUUAUCAAUGAUGGUGAAAUUUUGUUUCUUUAAUAGGUUUCCUUCAUUGAAAAUAAUUUUAUUUAAGACAUUGUGGGACAUUAAAUAUAGACAUCUCUAAUAAUUGGGAAUUUAAACAUUAAUUCAUCAUAUUGUGAGAAUCUUACCCUAAAUAUUUUAUGAAUUUGAAAAGUCAAUUUACUUAUUAGUAAAAGAAAUAAGUGUACCAAACCAUUGAAUUCAUAAGGGUAUCUAGAUGCUUCCCCCUUCAAAUAAACUUAACAAAUGUUAGAGAUUUGACUCACUCUUGAAUACGUGAUGAAGAAGAAAAUUUGAGCUUGCCAAACAAGCAACACCAACCAUAGAAAUUGUUUCCAUCACAUCCAAAUUCACUUGAUCGAGAUUGUACUUAUCAUAUGUAUUUUACUAUUAUUAUAUCCACCUAUGUUUCUUCAUUUGACAACAGUGCCAAUAUCCAAUUUCCUCGAAGAUUCCUAUAUUCAUUAUACCUUGUAUACUUUAGUCAAAAGAGACUAUGUGUGCUUCAGUCAAAGAGGCUGCUUCUCUAUAAGAUGGACCAUCUCUAUGUUGUAUCUCCAAACUUUAUCCAAUCCUUCUCUUGAAUCAAGCAACAAUUCAG